UUUUUUUUUUUCUGCGCCCCUUUUUGUAUGUGUGUUUUUAUUUUGCAUUUUUUGGACACCCCCGUCCACUUUUGUCAUUCUUGCUGUUAACUGUCAUUUGCUGGCACCGGGAUCUCCUUGGACAUUUGUUUUCUAUGCCUUCUGGAUUGUGCUUCUUGAAAUAGGAGGGAGGCUUUAUUUAUUCUAUUUAUUUAUUUAUUGUUUCUCAGGACAGGGAGGGAAUGUUGGAGGAGAAGAGCUGGAAAGGUGUUGGCGAAGCAGCUUUUGAAAGGGGGUGCGUGGCUACCCCCAGGGCCGGCGACGGGGAGAGAUGCUGCCGCCUCCCGCUGCUGCUGGGCUCGGGGCUGCCCGGCAUCUCCCUGCUCUCUCUGGUGCUCAGCCUCCUGCUGUACUUUCGGACCUCUGAUCUGCAAUCCCGGGUGUCCCACUUGGAAGCGGACAGAUCCACGCAGCUCCCUGCCUGGCUCUCAGCAGACCAAAUGGAGACGGCUAUUUUGGGAAGAGUUGACCAACUGCUUGAUGAGAAACUGAAGUUUCACUUGCCGAGACAUCGAGAAGUUCGAGAGACUCACCAGCGAUGCAACUGCCCAGCAGGUCCACCUGGCACUACAGGAAGACCAGGACUUCCGGGAGACAAAGGCGCAAUGGGGAUUCCUGGACGGCCGGGACUAAAAGGGCAACCUGGAGAGAAGGGCGCUCCAGGAGAAGCAGGCAUGUCUAUCAUUGGGCCCCGUGGUCCACCCGGACAGCCUGGAACAAGAGGUUUUCCUGGAUUCCCGGGUCCUAUUGGCUUGGAUGGCAAACCGGGUUAUCCUGGACAGAAGGGAGAGAUGGGCGCCACAGGUCCCAGGGGACAGCCCGGACCCCCAGGACAAAAAGGAGAAAAGGGUCAGUGCACAGAGUACUCCCACAGGCUGUUGCCUCUCCUCAAUUCAGUGCGGCUGGCUCCACCUCCGGUCAUAAAGAGACGCACUUUCCAGGGUGAACAAGGACAAGCAGGAAUCCAAGGUCCUCCAGGGCCACCCGGCCCGCCGGGGCCCGCUGGACCAGCUGGACCCGAGGGAACCCCAGGACAGCCCGGACCAAUUGGGCCACCUGGCAGAGCUGGAGAACCUGGGAAGCCUGGCAGAGAUGGAAAGGGCUUACCUGGGCCUCCUGGAGCAAAGGGAGACCCUGGGAUUCAAGGAUACCCUGGCAGAAAGGGCGAGGCGGGCAUGUCAGGCCUGCCUGGUGCGCAUGGCCUCCCUGGAGCUACUGGCCCCAAGGGUGAAAAAGGGGACACUGGCAUAAAGGGAGAGAGAGGCAUGCCAGGGCUGCCAGGAAGACAUGGCAUGAAGGGUGCUCCUGGAAUUGCCACGGCAGGGAUGAAGGGUGAGCCUGGGACUCCAGGAGAAAAGGGAGAGCCUGGAGUCCCAGGGAGGAUGGGCCCCCCAGGUUUGCCAGGGAAAAGGGGGCAGCGGGGUGAGAAGGGCCGAGCUGGUGAUCCUGGGCUCCCUGGCCCGAAGGGAGAGAAGGGAAAUGGUGAGAAUGCCUUGGUGGGAAGCAAAGGGGAACCUGGCCCUCCUGGUCUGCCUGGGCCCCCUGGACCAAAGGGAGAAGCUGGUGACGUUGGUGCUGCAGGAUCACGGGGUGAAAAGGGAGAACGUGGUACACCAGGAGAGCAGGGACCCAUGGGGCCUAGGGGUCCCAAAGGAGAGCCUGGAAAGGAUGAAAUGAUGGACUACGAUGGUAACAUCAGUGAAGCUCUCCAGGAAAUACGAACCUUGGCCUUGAUGGGACCGCCAGGACUUCCAGGUGUGGCUGGACCUCCAGGGCCACCAGGACAGAAGGGUGAAAUUGGCUUACCAGGUCCUCCAGGCCAUGAUGGAGAAAAGGGACCACGAGGCAAGCCAGGAGAAAUGGGCCCCCCUGGACCUCAUGGACUGCCAGGAAAGGAUGGACCACCUGGAAUAAAGGGAGAGCCAGGCCAGAUUGGGGUUGCAGGAGAAAAGGGGCAUAAAGGAGAGCCAGGACAAGCAGGCUCACCGGGUCUUGAUGGCCCCACUGGAGAGAAAGGAGAACGAGGCGACCAAGGGAUGCCAGGACCACCAGGAUUGCCGGGUCCCAUUGGACUUCCAGGAUUGACAGGAGAGAAGGGUCAGCCUGGGGAGCGUGGAGACAAAGGAAAUCCAGGAGAAUCGAUGUCUGGCCCCCCCGGACCUCAAGGCCCACCAGGACCUCCAGGUCUUCAGGGCCUUCCAGGACCAAAGGGGGAAGCAGGGAUUGAUGGAAUGAAAGGAGAGAAGGGUGUCCAGGGUGAAAAAGGAGACAGAGGGCCACUGGGAUUACCCGGUGCUUCAGGUUUAGACGGCAGGCCUGGACCACCGGGUACUCCAGGACCAAUUGGGGUUUCGGGACCAGCAGGACCAAAAGGAGAAAGGGGUAGUAAAGGAGAUCCUGGAGUUGUAGGACCAAUGGGACCAGCAGGACUUCCUGGUUUACAAGGUCUGCCAGGUGACAAAGGAAUCCGGGGGGAGAGGGGCAAGAAAGGCUCUAGAGGGUCUAAAGGGGAUAAGGGAGACCAAGGAGCGCCUGGAUUAGAUGCACCCUGUCCGUUGGGAGAAGACGGCCUUCCAGUUCAAGGCUGCUGGAAUAAGGGUCAAACUCCUUGGCUGAUAGCCAAAAAGUGAGAUGAGUCUGAGGGUGGAGAAGCUUGAGAAAUGACAGCCAAAAAAAAAAGAAAAAAAAGAAACAAGAGGGACCUUCCUGAAGAUUUGCUGAGAUGCUUUGCAAGUUCCCUCCUUGGAGCUUAGGAAGAGUUCUUCAACUGCGCACCAGGAAGCUGUGCCUGGAUAACGGCAGUGCGGGAGUCAGCGUGACAACACUCUUUGCGUUGCUUCCUGUCUUCUCUCUGAGGCCAGUGGCAGAGCUGGAAAAUGACACCAUUUAUAUUAUUCAUAUUUUUUCCUUUGGUUCUUUUCACUUCAGUCUAUUGUUGUGGUCAGACUCUUCAGAUGAAGAAUCAGGCUCAUGUCCCAGCAAUCGCUGUAUAAAUGAGUGCAAGACAGACAGUAUUUCAAUGGGGGGAUCCUUUGAUCCAGGAAAGAAAUCCUCUUGAACAGUUGUCUUCCAAAAAGUCAGACAAGCCCCAUGUGUUCAGUUCGGACUGCUGCUCUGAGAGGGCGUGAGGAAACCUUUUCCUCACACACCACCUUCUCCUGGUAAAGGAGAAAGGAGCUAAGCCUUUUGCUGAAAAGGGAAAGCCGUGCUGGAUUUUGAAGGCAUGAAGUACUUUGUCAGAGAAAGAAAAUGAGGACUAUGGACAACAGAGUUUCAUUGAACUGUUCUUUUGCUUCCUGUACUUUGCUUCCUGGAGGUGUUCUCUCUGGAGCCCUCAAGAAAUGCACUGUUCUGCUGUCCUACUGAGGCCCUUCUGGUGGGUACCUCUCCACAGGUCUACUUACAGAUGGAAAUUAAUGAUCACAAGGGUUGAGUCCCACAGUGACGUGUUCUAAUAGAUUCAGGUUAAGGAAAUGAUGAUUUGGCAAGGUGCUGCGGGGUGCCACGGAUGCACUGGAAGUCAGGACAUCCAGCUGGGGAUACUUCAUACCAGCCCAGCUUCCCUCAUUCAGUUCCCAUUGCUGAAGGUUAAAUUCCAUUUGCAUGUACUCCAUAGUAUUUUUCCACCAAAGCUCUUGCAAUAUGUUAAAAAACUGAAAUUAAUUACUGCAGAUGUAUACUGCAGACAUGACUCAUAACAUUUCUACUCCAUUGAGUACCUUGGGAAUCCAAUUUAUCCAAGCAUUAAAACAUAUAUUUAACUUUGUGUGUGUGAUUCCCGUUGGCCUAUUAUUUGCAUAUUUAAGUACUCUGGUGAAUCAGGGCCAUUAUUACAGCUAAUAAUGUUAUCUAAGCCAUUAGGCAGAACUAAAUCACAAGCCACUCUUGUUUCUUCAGAGAGAAAGAGCUGAUUGUGAGUUCAUACUGAUCUAUUUUAAAGUUGAGAAGUAGUAACCUUCAUUCAAAUAGCCUUGGUCAAUUCAUCUGGAAUAGUCCUGCCUUUCUGGAAUCCCAUGGACACCUCUUCUCACCAUUGCACAGAAAGUAUACUUCUAAUGUAACUCAAGAAUUAACAAGUCCUACUUCUAGUCUCACCUGAACAACAGAACCCUAAUUGCAAUUUUUAUCUUUACUCCAUAAGUACAGUAGAAAGGCAGUACGUUGUUUCAGUUAGGAACCAGGCUGAUGAAAGGGUUUCUCUGUUUUAUUUGUAGUUCUUAUUUUUAUGUUGUUUUUUGUUUUGGGGGGGGGAAGGGAAAAGGGGAGAACCUGACCAGAACUGCAGGCGGUAGGUGUGCAUUUUUCCUUUUUUUUUUUUUUUUUUUAGCAAAAACAAUUAUGUAUAUAGUUAGAUAACAUCACUUCUACAUUUCUUUUUAUUAAUGAUAUUUUUGGAGCGAUGUGUUGGCUCUUUUCUAGAGUUUUCCUUUAAAUAUAUUUUUAAUGGGCUUCUGGAAUAAGUUUGUAGGAGUUCCUGACCCAAAGUGUCCUGAGGACAUUCCUGUUGUGUUGUUUAUUUUUUCUCCCUAAGUGCAACAGUAAGAUGGUGCUUUCCAUAGGCAAACCAAUUUUCAGCAGGGAUGAAUGUAUCCCCACAGGCCGUGCCUAGGGACCAGGUGCCAGUGACCUCUCCCGGACAAAAUGGUUUCUCUAGAACUCUACACCUAGAGAAUUUAAAAGGGCUAUGUGACAGGCCAGCCGAUUGGUCUCUCCUGUUCUUAAGUGGUCUGUCAUAACAAAAUGAGUCUGGCAAGAGUCACUGUGUUCUCUUCAGUAGCAUUCUACAGCCUAAAAUCUCACCGACUUAGCUAAGAAGCUCUGAACCAGCCAACCAGCCAUUAAAGAUGCUUCUUGAGAACGGCACGCUCUUGGUAGUUACUUACUAUAUUAUUGCUAUUGUUUUCCCCUCUAAACCCAGCAGUUUACUUCCUCUUGAGCUCGUCCUUGGGCUUUGCUUCACACUGAGCAUACUCAACGGGAUGAUGCUCUGCUGGAUGAGGGCAACCAUUUCUUCUACACAUUUUGUUUCUCCCUUUGCCCCAUAUUGCUUCCUGUUUUUCAUGGCCCAAGCAAAAUGGGUAUUUUCUCUUCUGCAUUUUUUAGAAAUACUCAAUUGAUCACAUUUUGAUCAUUCUUCCAAUCACUUUUAUUUAUUUAUCCUUCCUGCCUUCUUGUAGCCCUUUGUUGUCAAAACAGAACAAGAAUUAAGACUGCACAUGUUAGUCGUUUCAGGAGUGACUGUAAAGCUUCUACUGCUUAAAAUGCUACAUAGCAAGAUCAGUUUAGCUUUAUAGUUUUCCUUUGAUUGUUUGCUUGCUGAAGUUAUCAAAUAAAUGCUUUUUCUCAAACAGAAAGAAUUUAGUCAGGAUAUUGGAGUUUUGUUUUGUUUUGUUUUUGUCAUUUGCUUAAGAAAAUCCUGCUAGACUCAAGGUUAGUAAGUUAAAUGUGUUAGUGAUAGAUGUGAGAGGAUCUUGUAUUCUUGCUUUCUCUUGGCUGUGUUUGCCAAUCCAUUGUUCCCAGCAGGGUUUUGCUGGGAGCAUGAAAUUCCAUUUUGUGAUAAUUCCAUUGUUUUCUCACAAUACUGUUUCAAAAAUAUUUCUUCAGUAAAUCUUCCCUUCUGCUCUCCUGCAAAGAUUUGCUUUUGCUCUGAUGUUGCACGCAAGUGGCAGAGCCAUGGAGAGAGCAGCUUCACCCUUCUGGAGAGUCUUGCAGAGAAAGCAUGCCAUCCCUUGGUGCUCGCAUCUGGAACGCUCACAUCGUUGGCACUGCAGCCAACUCUCACCUUCGUGCAACCUGGGCACCACAUCGUUUGAUGCUGGUCAGAUGUGAGUUCAUUAAUCCCUGCAGGAGGAUGAUUUCUGAAGCAAUCAGUUGUUACAUAAGUGGUUUCCUUGAAUGGUACGAGAGAGAUUUUUAGUUUUUCUUUGGUGGCAUAGAACGCGCAGUAUUUGAUGCAGCCGUAGUGAUGAGUUAUGAGUAAACACUGACAGGGCAUUGCUUCUGUGCGUCUCUUGAACACUGUUUGAUUGAGACAUCUGAGUCUGUAUUUGCUUUUUACACUGCUUAUACUGAACUUGUAUUAGUAUUAAAUAUAGAAUGCUAUUUGGCUUUCAUUGCUGAAGUGCUGUAACGUGAUUUUGUAUUAGUGGUCAUUAUUGUUGUUGCACUGCUGACUCUAAGGUGUUAUUUCAACUCCUUUUGAUGCAGCUUGGAAUUUUUAGGCCUUUAAGAAAAUUCCACACUAAAUAAUUGGUCUGAGGGAGAGAACAAAGAGCUGUUCUUUCCCAUCAUCUUUUCAUCCGUAGCAGGAGCUUCUUCAGCCAGAACAAGUAUUUGCUUUUUCUUUUCUACUUUUUCCUCAGUAAUUCAAGAGCUUUGACUAUUUUUUUGUCUUUAAAGCAUACGUAUUCCAGGACAAUCUGCAUUUGUUACGUAUGAUGUACAUACUUUCUUUUCCCUUUUAUAAA